AUGAAUUUGCUAUGCUACAUGGUUAUGCUUAUUUGUGUGUUGCACAUCAAUUCUGAUCGACUUGGCAACCAGGACAGAAUAAGGCAUUCGUUUUUUGAAACCUUUCCAGAAGACGUUCAAAGUGAGUCAUAGUUCUCAAUAAAACUGGAUUAAAAUUAUAGAAGCACUUAUUAUAGGACUUAGAAUUACUUUUAAAGACUAAAAAGUAUUACUAUAAUUUGCCUUUUGUCAGUUGUGUAUAUCUAAACAUAUUUACAUAAAACUUUUUACAACAGAUGUACGUAAGAUAUUUAUGAACCUUUAUUUAAAUACAAAUAACGUGUAUGCCCUAUGUUAACUUUUGUACUUAAAUUUUUUAGUUUCAAUUAAAUCGAAUGUCCCUGAACUCAUUGCAAAUCUAAACAAAAUAGAAAUUCGUCAACUACUAAAGCUUAUCCACGUAGGCACAGAUGCACAACGGCUUCGCAUCUUGUCUAGAUACCCCACGUUAUACAAGAAGGUUGUUCUGUAUGCCGUGGAAUGCGUGGCAAAAAUCAGAAUCGUCAGUAAAAAUACUAGAAAGGUUCUAGAAAUAGUAAGUUAUGCAUUUUAAUAUGAGUUUAUGUAAAAUGUGCACCGUGUUCUCAGAAAAAAGACACAAAUUAUGAACUUCGAAUAAGUUUUAGUUUCCGUAAAAUAUUAUACUAGAAUCAUAGGUAUAAAGUAUAUUUUUAAAACGUUUUAGUAAAAAUAGAAUCUUUAAAAUUACUCUAUUCACACGUGUCUACUAUAAUUCACUAAAAGCGUCAUGUAACACGAAAUUCACAAGUAAGUUGCGUACAGGGACGUCGCUACGGUUUUUCUCUGGGGUACCUGUGGACCGAUUUUUCGCAGGUACCCGUGGACCGAUUUUUUCGAAAAAUUUUUUUUUCGUUUUUUCACGUACAGGUACCUCCUACCUGUGGAUUUUUUUUUCGGAUCCCCAAAAGACGUCCUGGUUGCAUACAAUCUUACGAUGUCAUACCUGUAACGUUUUUAAAAAUUUUAAUGUUGAUCAUUGUGAUACCUUUGUUGACAAAUUUUUAUACACAAAAACAAUAAAAUGUAAUAUAAAAUGAGAAGCACGUAACAUUAUAAAAAGUAAACAUAAAGCUAUAUAUUUUAGUUGUUCCUCGUCAUCCCAGACCUUGUUCUACGAUCGGAAAGAACCGAAACCAAAGUUCAAAUCUUAAAAUUCUUUGAAGAAUAUGAUAAGCUCAAGAAAUACGAAAGGAACGUCAUCGUAGAUUUAUUUCCAAACAUAGAAACCCUUAGGAAUGGAUUUGCUCAUCAAUAUUCUAAAUUCCUCGAAUGA